CAUUCAGAGCGUGAAGAGUUGGGGCCGGUGUUCGUCCAGGAACCACAUGACGCCAUAUUUGCGCUGGACUCUGAGGAGAAGAAAGUUAUGAUGAGCUGUGAAGCCAGAGGCAACCCUGCACCUGUAUACAGUUGGUUCAUCAAUGGAACAGCGGUGGACGUGGAGGCAGAUUACCGUUACAGCUUGAUCGACGGCAACUUGAUAAUAGCCAACGCCAGUGAGACGGCAGACUAUGGGAGAUACCAGUGUAAGGUGGAGAACAGCUAUGGGACGGUCCUGAGUCGGGAUGCCCUGCUACAGUUUGCCUAUCUGGGAUCCUUCAGUGGGAGGACGAGAGGAGGCGUGUCUGUAAGGGAAGGACAAGGAGUGGUGCUCAUGUGUACCCCACCCCCUCAUUCACCAGAGAUCAUGUACAGCUGGGUGUUCAACGAGUUCCCAUCGUUUGUUGCCGAGGAUAGCCGUCGGUUCAUCUCCCAGGUAACGGGCAACCUGUACGUGUCCAAGGUGCAGCCUAGUGACGUGGGCAGCUACAUCUGUCUGGUGAAGAACACGGUGACCAACGCCAGGGUCCUCAGCCCGCCCACGCCACUCACACUCAGAACAGAUGGUCUAAUGGGAGAAUAUGAGCCUAAAAUCGAGGUGCAUUUCCCCCUGUCUGUCCCGGCUGCCAGAGGAGUCACGGUGAGGCUGGAGUGUUUCGCUCUGGGGAAUCCUGUCCCGACAAUCACAUGGAGGAAGAUGAACGGUAACAUCCCUAAGAAGGCUCGUCUGAGGAAGUCCCAGGCUGUUCUGGAGAUCCCCAAUGUCCAGCUGGAAGACUCAGGGACCUACGAGUGUAAAGCUGAGAACCCCAGAGGAGGAACAGCCUUUAAGGGACACCUCCAGGUCUACACCUUCCCCCAGUGGAUCAGCACGAUAAACGACAGCCAGUUGGACAGUGGAGAUCAGCUGCACUGGGAGUGCAAGGCCACAGGGAAGCCUAGACCCACCUACCGCUGGCUCCGCAAUGGGGAGCCGUUCACACCACAGAGCAGGGUGGAGAUGGUGAAUGGCGAGCUCAUCAUCCAGAAGGUCCAGCAGGCUGACUCUGGGAUGUACCAGUGUGUCGCUGAGAACAAAUACGGAGCCAUCUACUGCAGCGCAGAACUCCACAUCUUAGCGUCACCCCCAGUCUUCAGCCCUAACCCUGUCCGUCUGAUCGCCACGCUGGGGAAAGACAUGUUGCUGGCGUGUAGACCCCGAGCAUCUCCCAAGCCUAGAGUAACAUGGAGGAGAGGAGACAGACGCAUUCAGCCCAGCAGAAGGAUAAUGCUGUUACGAAACAACACGCUGAGGAUCAUCAACUCCACCCGCUCUGACGAGGGGAACUAUGUCUGUCGAGCCGAGAAUCAGUUUGGCUCGGCUGAGAUGACGGCCAUGCUCUGGGUAAAAGAGGCCAUGCGUGUGGACCUGAGCCCCAGCAGGGUUGAGGUGACAGUGGGGGAGAGCGUGGUGCUCAGUUGCAGGGUGUCACAUGACCCGUCUCUGGACGUGGCCUUCCAGUGGCUCCUCAACCAGCAGCCCCUCAACUUCCAACAGGAGGGCGGACAUUUUGAAUAUACCCAAACACAGUCCUCCACGGUGGACCUGAUGAUCAGAAGCAUCCUGCUGAAGCAUGCUGGGAAAUACGGCUGCCGGGCUCAGACCAGCGCCGACACAGUGUUUGCUGAGGCUGAAGUCCUCGUUAGAGGCCCCCCGGGACCCCCUGGUGUGGUGAUAGUAGAGGAGAUCAUGGACACUACAGCCACCCUGUCGUGGAGUGGAGGGGUGGACAACCACAGCCCCAUCAGCAGCUACAAUCUCCAGGCCCGGAGCCCCUUCUCCCUGGGGUGGCAGACCCUCAGAACAGACCCAGAGCCAGUGACAGGGGACAUGGAGUCAGCCAUGGCUGUGGAGCUCAACCCCUGGGUGGACUAUGAGUUCAGGGUGGUGGCCAGUAAUGCUAUCGGAACAGGAGACCCUAGUGCCCCAUCCAGGGGGGUUCGCACUAAAGAAGCAGUCCCCUCGGUGGCCCCAGCUAACGUCAGUGGAGGGAACGGCCGCAGGCAUGAACUGGUCAUCUCCUGGGAGCCUGUGUCUGAGGAGUUCCAGAAUGGCGAGGGCUUUGGCUACAUCGUGGCGUUCAGAGCCAAUGGGACGCGAGGAUGGAAGGAGAAGAUGGUGACAUCAGCAGAUUCCACUAUGUACAAGUACAGAGAUGAGACCUUCCCUCCCCUCACCCCCUUCGAAGUGAAGGUGGGCGUGUACAACAACAAGGGAGACGGACCCUUCAGUGGUGUGGUCACUGUGUACUCUGCAGAGGGGGAGCCCAGAGAGGCCCCAUCUGAGGUGAAAGCUUCCAGCAUUUCCUCUUCGGAAAUUAAAGUAACUUGGAGACCGCCCAGCCCUGGCCCUGGGAGACCACGGGGAUACGAGGUGAGCUACUGGAAGGACAGUGAGCAGGAGGAGUCAGGGAACAGGAAGAAGACAGCAGGGAAUGAGACGUCUAUGGUGCUGACAGGCCUGGAGGGGAACAGUGUGUACCUCAUCACAGUCAGAGGCUUCAACAGUAUCGGCCAGGGCCCUGCAUCAACCGCUAGCACCGCCAAGACCAAGAAAGACCCUCCAGUCCAGCCUCCAGCCAACCUUGUGUGGAUUCAGGAAGGGACUAACGUAUCAUUAAACUGGGACCCGGUUAAGUCCAAAGACAACGAGUCAGAUGUCAUAGGAUACAAGGUGUUGUUGAGUCAGGAGGGGCGUGUCCACAAUCAGGUGAUGAGGACCAUCACCCCGUCGGCCGUCCUCUCUCUCCCGGAGGGAGGCACCUACAUCAUUGAGGUGCGGGCUGUGAGUGAGGGGGGAGAGGGAGCAACCAGCUCCCAAGUCAGAGUACUCACCUCUUCAGGUGUCCGGGUGAAGAGUGGCCAGCGUUCGGUUCACAGCCUGCUACCAUGGGACUGUCUGCUUGCUCUGGCCUUACGCAUCAGCCAGUCAGGCCCAGGGCCUGCCAAGGAAAUCCACUCCUGA